AUUGAAUGAUCGCCAGAAAAAAUUCGAACGUCACAGCAAAUAGCAGCUCUCGCAACUGCAGAGAAUAGUAUUUUAAUACACAAAUAACAAAAAGAAAUAAACAUAUUCGAAAUGAAUUUCAACAAAGUGUUUGUUCUCCUCGCUGUCAUCUUUGCCGUUUUCGCUGGACAAACCGAGGCAGGUUGGCUGAAGAAGAUUGGCAAGAAAAUUGAGCGCGUCGGCCAACAUACACGAGAUGCCACAAUCCAGACCAUCGGUGUGGCCCAACAGGCGGCCAAUGUUGCUGCAACGCUGAAGGGAUAAAUUGAUUUUUUGUGAAAGUGUUUAUAUUAAGAUAAUUUAUUAUUAUUAUUAUUAUUUAACGAAUUAGUUUUGAUGUAUUACUAAAUUAUAUGAUUUAAGCAAUAUUAUUUUAAUAAAAGUAAUUUUUAUUCUAUAAAGA